AUGGGAGUGAUCGGAGAGCCGGUGGAAAUCUCGAGCGGGGAGCUCGCGCACAUGCUCGCGAGCCCUGAGCUGAGUGGCGCGUGCUCGCCAGCGCUGCUGGUGCUGGACUGCCGGCCGUUCCUGUCCUUCUCUCGCGCGCACAUCCGCCGCGCGCACAACGCCGCCUGGAACGCGCUACUCCGGCGCAGGUGCAGCAAGGGCUCGGACUCAGGUGUGCGUCUCGAGGGCCUGCUCGCGGACAAAGCUCUGGUGGGGCGCGUGAAGAGCGGAGAGUUCCGGCAGAUCGUGGUGCUGGAUGAGAAGAGUCGCGCGGUCACCGAGCUGCAGCGCGAGAGCCUCGCCUGCUUGCUGCUGCGCGCGCUCCACGCCGAGGUUCCAGCUGGAGUUUCGCACGUCUUCUUCCUGCAAGGUGGCUUUGAUGGGUUUGCAGCACUUUAUUCUGAGCUGUGUAUCAGUCAAUCCAGGUUUUGUGAUACCAGUGAACCAGACCCACGAGUCUCUGGCAGAACGACACCUCUAUACGACCAGGGUGGACCGGUGGAGAUCCUGCCCUUCCUGUUCCUGGGCAGCGCUCAUCACUCGUCUCAGAGGGAGCUACUGGCGCACUGUGGCAUCACGGCUGUUCUGAACGUCUCUUCAUGCUGUCCAAACCUCUUCGAGCAUGAACUGAGCUACAUGAACCUGAGAGUGGAGGACAACAUGGCAGCUGAUAUCCGAGUGCUCUUUCCACAGGCCAUACACUUCAUCGACUCUGUGAAAAAGAGCGGUGGGCGAGUUCUGGUCCACUGCCAGGCCGGCAUCUCACGAUCUGCCACCAUCUGCGUGGCGUAUCUGAUCCAUUCCCUCCGGGUUCGUCUGGAUGAGGCCUUCGAGUUUGUGAAGCGGCGGCGGCAGGUGAUUUCUCCUAACCUGGGAUUCAUGGGUCAGCUACAGCAGUUUGAGGUAGAUGUUUUGUGUAGCUACUCGGAGAACAGCAGCCCUGCCUUUUAGUUCAUCUGCUUGGACAAUGGAGACCUUUAAAGACCUCAGGACUGGCUUUAAUAUCUACACAGACGAGCCGUAAAAAAGGCACUAAGCAUCAGAGACUGAU